GAGAAUGCCCAGUGGAUUUAGUCUGUGAGAGUCACAUUUCUUAUUUGGACCAGUGUAGACAGAAACAAACCCAGUUCACUUGUUUCCUGGGACAGUUAGGGGAUGGCUUUCGCAGAGCAUUCACCACGGACCCCUCGCCGCCGGGACCUCUGUAGCCGCUCCAUCUGGCUAGCAAGGAAGAUUCGUUCAGACCUGACUGCUCUCACGGAAUCUUAUGUGAAGCAUCAGGGCCUGAGCAAGAAUGUCAACCUGGACUCUGUGGAUGGUGUGCCAGUGGCAAGCACUGAUCAGUGGAGCGAGCUGACGGAGGCAGAGAGACUCCAAGAGAACCUCCAAGCUUACCGUACCUUCCAUGUUAUGUUGGCCAGGCUUUUAGAAGACCAGCAGGUGCAUUUUACCCCAACCCAAGGUGACUUCCAUCAAGCCAUACACACCAUUCUGCUUCAAGUUUCUGCCUUCGCCUACCAGCUAGAGGAGUUAAUGGUGCUCCUGGAACACAAGAUCCCCCCAAAUGAGUCUGACAGGAUGCCUGCUGUUGGAGAUGGUGGCCUCUUUGAGAAGAAGCUAUGGGGCCUAAAGGUGCUGCAGGAGCUUUCACAAUGGACUGUGAGGUCCAUCCACGACCUUCGUGUCAUUUCUUCUCAUCAGAUGGGGAUCCCAGCACAUGAGAGCCAAAAUGUUGCUAAGGACAAGAAAAUGUAGCAGUUAGCUUUCUCUCUCUUCCUUGCUGUCUGUUUGGAUGGAAUGUGCAUAGUUUUCUGGGGCCUCAUUUUCCCACCUUAAGUUUUUGAAAACCUUUUAAGACCACAAGCAUUUCCAUGAGGUAGAGUCAGAGACAUGGACAGAUGGGCAUAGAGGUUUAUUUAGCUUGGGGUGUGGAGGUGUGCACAUGUGUGUCUGUGUGGGAGGGGGUGUGAGACAGUGGGAGCAGGGGUAACAUCCUUCCACCUUAGCGCUCUAACCGUUCUACCACUAAAUAACCUUUGCCGUCAUUUAACAGCAUUACAGACAGAAGAGAGAAGUAUCUUAAACUCUAGUUAUGGAUGACUUCUGAGAAGACUGAACCAGUGAAUUGAAGAUUAUGGACUCUAUAGUCAUUCAUACUCUUAGAUAAUAAAAGUAAUAAUAGCUGUAUUGAGGCAGUGUGCCAGCGGUUUUAUCUAUGUGAUGUAUAACCUGUACAGCAACUUGUGAGGAAGAUGGUGUUAUUCCUCUCUGGCAGAUGAGAAAACAAGCUCAGAGACAGUUAAGGUCGUGCAGUGCCAAGUGACAUGCUAAGCUCGAACCCAGAUCCUCACUGUAAAGCCCAUGUACUCUUCACGUUAGAGUCCUGAUUAUGAAACUCUAGCACUGCACCUCAGUCUCAGAGAGUUGGAAGAUGUAUCAUCUAUACAGUCUAUCCUCUACACUCAGAAAGCCUUUAUACAUUAUCAUAAGUCAGCAUCAAAAUUUAGUGUUAAUGGUAAUAUUUGUUGCCCAUACUUGGCAAAGAAGGGAACAGCUAAAGAUCUUAGGAUUCCAUUUGAGAGAAGAUGAGGCCCACAAAACUUCUGAACCUUGAAAGUUGGACAUGUGCAGAAUACAGCAUGGUUGAAAGUGUUUACUAAUAUUCUUGGGUAUUGGGUCGGGCACAGCUUACAGCAGGUCGCCUCACAUUUACUGUAAUCAACAAUCCAGUGAUAGAGACCCAAGCAUUUGUAGAUGAUGGGUGGAAUUCUACCCAAGUUAAAAAGUCACAGGACCAUCACUUCACAUUCUCUGAACUUAGUCAUGAGGAGAGGGUGAGGCCCACUUUUCCCCCAGUAAUGCCAGAGAAUCUACAACAAUAUACAACAAAGCCCCCAGGGUAUGAAGAGCCAGGACGUAUGGACACCAACGGAAAAGGCCCGAGUUCUAUGGUGCACAUGUGUUAGCUUAUACUUAACCUGUCAUUAAAAUCCAAGAUCUUAGAUUGGGGACCUCAAUUUAAUUAAGGUGUCUUUACUCUCUAAGUGAACCAUGAGUUGAAGGGUCCAACUCCCAUAGGUCGCUUGAGAUGAGGAUGGGUGACUUGACUUGUAUCCUUCCCCACAUGGGUUCAUGUCCAAAUUCCAUGAAGUAAAUGUUGCAAUGGUUCAAGGGAAGUAAGGCUCUGCCUUCUACAAUGCACUUAGGGAAAUACAGUGUGUUCAUAUAUGUGAGAGAUCAGUGGUAGGUUGGAAUUAUAAGGCCUGGGUUUAAAUAUUGGGGAAUUCAGUUCCCAGGAGGAAACAGGAAUUGUGUCACAGAGGUUGGCAGAGUACAAAAUAGGGGGAAAUCACGAAGAAGGAAACAGAAGAGUUGGCUGCUAGAAAAAAGGUUGGGCAACAAUCUACAUCUGGGCCGGGCUGCCAACGGAGGCAUGUUCGGUUUUAUUUCAUUUGUGAUUUAGGUACAAACACAGUGUUUCCCAAACACUACUCAUUUCAUUCAAGCUUUUCCUUAUUUAAAUGGCAUUUUCAACUAGCAAUAUAUCUGCUUACUAAUGUACAGCUCUUAGAUUUAUGUAGCUGAUCCAUUUGUUUAAUAAAGGUGUGAACAAAUUUUCUUUAUGGGGGAAUAACUGAUCAUGAACUUUCUGGAUAUAAAAUGAGUGACCCUUCUCCAAGCGUUUUUAUUUAUGUUCAGCAGAUGUGGCAGUGUGGACAUCUACAGAAGUGUCAGAAAUCAACAGAGUUAGCUUAAGCUCUGCCCAGUGGCCUGUGGAGGAAUAUUUAUGUAUAAGAGGCAGAUUUGAAAUGGCAGAGGGUCCAGGGAAGAUACACUUUAACCAUCUGAGAACACAGCGGGCUUCUACACUUCCUCUCGCAGGAGCAGCAAAUCUUUACCAAGUGCAUUCCCAGCACUGUACUAAGAGUUGGGUGUUAGUUUCUCCUUCAAGAAACAUUCAUAUACCUGAAGAGAAGCAUCAGGAAACCCCUUAGAAAAAAGACAAAGGAAAAAUGAGUACUUAGCCAUGUAACAAAAACAAACACAUAUGAGAUCUGAACGUGUAAGCAUUGCAUCAUGUUUACCUGAAAUGUAUAAGUCAAAUUGAAUAACGUACUGACAACAGGCCAUUGGUGGUGGUUCUAGGCAUGUGUUUCAUGAUGCUGGUAAGAGAUCUUGACCACACUGCAGAAAUACAUGGGUUUAAGGAUCCAUAACCCAAAAGAGAUUUUUGUUCUUUAGAUCUUAUUUCCUUGCUUCUUACAUCUCUAUAUGGAUAAAAUAUCUGGGAAAAUCAUAUAACUGUAUAGAGUUACAGUUCUGAGAUACAUUAAAUUUAGCUCCAAGCCCCUAAUCCCACAGCCUCCAGAAAAGUCAUCUCUGCAGGGAGAGAUUAUAUUUUUGAGUCCAUUGAGGAAUUGCAUGGAUCAUAGUUGAUAAAUUUUUCUUACUUUCAAAGGGCCAUUUGAGACAGGCUUGCAAAAUGAGCACAAACUUGAAGGCCAAGCAUUGAAUAACAUUAGUUUUAAGAUAAUAAGUUUCAAGGGAAGUGAGAGUUUUAAUAAAAGUGGAAAACCACAGCUCUGGUGUUGCUGUUAUUUUGGGCUGCUAUGGAUGAAAGCCCAAUGGAUGACUCACUGUGACCACUGGUCAUCUAGGGAGCGAGCAAGUAUUUCAGGGAGGUAUAUCUGAAAAGUGACUUAGAUUGACUUCUGUUUGUGAAUCCCCAGCUCCUCGUUGGGUACCUAAGUAUUGUCUGUCUCUAUAAAGGGACAAAACAAAGAUGUAGGAAGGAAUUGGUGAAGAGGAAGGGGCAGGAAUAGAAUUUGGACUUGACUUCAGUUGGUUUAUUGGGUUUGUAUGAUACCACUGUGGUGGUUAGUCCAGGGCAUUUUGUCAAAGGAACAAUUUGGCCUCCUGCCUCAUCCCACCCUCCACCUCAAGCCUCAGACCCCAAAAUGAACCCCCUGAAUGUUGGAGCCUUAAAAAAGUGAAAAGUGGUAAAGAUUGAUCUCAGCAUAAAAACUUCAACAGAACUGUGAGGACUACAGAUAAAAACAGCAAAAAGAUAAUUUGACCUUUUGAUGAAAUGUGUGUGAAGUGUGAGAUAAAGCCUGUGGGCUUGUAAUUCUUAACAUAAAAUAUAUAUCUUGAGCCAAUCUAUUUUUGGCACAUGGGAAACAAAAGAUACAAGAAUGGCUAACAAUAAAGUUCUC